AUGGCCGUACAAAGCAUAGGCCACGUACACAAGCAGAGGCCACGUGCCAAGCAUAGGCCGUACACCAAGCAGAGGCCACGUGCAACAAGCAGGGCCACGUGCACCAAGCAGAGGCCACGUGCACCAAGCAGAGGCCACGUGCACCAAGCAGAGGCCACGUGCACCAAGCAGAGGCCACGUGCACCAAAGGGCAGCAAGGAAGGUUCGUUCUUGUGGAUGGUUAAGAGAGAUCCACCUUCCUAUUUCUUCGGGACCAUCCACGUGCCCUAUACCCAGUGUGGGAACAUAUCCAAUAACACCAAGCGCGCCUUCCGCCUCAGUGACAAUGUGUUCUUUGAGCUGGACCUGACGGAUCCCUACACGGUGUCGGCUCUCACCACCUGCCAGCUCCUCCCAAGGGGUAAAAACUUGUCGGACGUGUUGCCUGGAGAGCUGUACACGAGGCUAAAACGUCAUCUAGCUUACGUCAAGACCCAGAUGCCUCGCUGGAUCACCCCUGACCAGCAAGGAGGUCUCUAUGCUGACUAUCUCUUCAACGCUAUUACCGGUAACUGGGAGAGGAAGCGACCGGUGUGGGUGAUGCUGAUGGUCAACUCGCUGACGGAGAGUGACAUCAGGAGCCGCGGGGUGCCAGUACUCGACCUCUACCUCGCACAGGAGGCCGAGAGGCUCACCAAGCGUACAGGCGCCGUGGAGAGGGUGGAGGAACAGUGCGUGCCUCUCAAUGGCCUCAAUUUCUCUCAGGUGGUGUUCGCCCUCAACCACACAUUAUCCCAACAAGAGAUACUAAGGGCGGGGAUGGUCGCCUUUUACACCACCGAUCACCUCAUAACUCACUACAACUGUGGCGACCUUGAUGCUGUUAUAUUUUCCCAAGAUACCACCCAGGUUCCUCAUUUAGGCAACGCAUCACUCCCGCCGGUGGACGCUGCCACGGCCACCCACAUCGACGAGUACUUCAGAGAGGAACUCAUCUACAGGAGGAACAAGCGUAUGGGACGUCGUGUUGUGGAAAUCCUGAGAGCUAAUCCCGACCAGAGCUUCUUCUUCGCCUUCGGUGCAGGUCAUUUCUUGGGUAACCAUACGGUGCUGGACGUGGUGCGUGCUGCUGGGUUAGUUGUACAGCAUGUUGGGCCAGAGAUUAGAAUUAAGAGGCACAAGCGGAAGAGAGGGCACCGAGGAGGAAUCGUACCCGAGCCGUCAGUGUUGAAGGACUUCUUCACGUCCAGCACCCUAGAUGCUCAGCAGCAGCAUGACCCAGCUUUUGCCAAGUUCCUGUCAGAGCAGGCAGCGGGUGCAGGACACAGACACCGCGGGCUGCCUACCACCAGCCAACCCUCCAGGAAACAUGCCCAAUUCAAUGACCUCUGGGUGAGAAUAGACCCACAGCCGCCAGAACCAUACGACCAGCACGCGUCAGACUACCUGGAGGACACCACUAGCUUGUCUGUAGACCCGCGAGACGAGGAGCUGGUGAGGGAGUCACUGCGUGUGUGGUAUGGUCUGCCCGCCGCGGCCAGCUCUGCCAGCCAGCCGUCACACCUCCCCGCCACCCUACUGUUGCUGGGCCUACUACACUGUCUUCUCCACCCCUGGCCACGCCUACCUCACGUUCUUGGCUACACGACAAGGUGAUGCAGAGGAUGAACGACCCGAUUUUGUGUCAGCAGUCAUCACUGUUCACCAAACCUCUACAUUCAACAGACACCAAGUUGGCAGUGGUGAGACUGUUGUGAAGAAGACGUCAGUGUUGUAAAGAACUCUCCUAUGACCCCGAGGACAACAAUGAAAUCAGUCACAGACGGAAUAAUAGGCCCCUUUAAUAACUCUUGUCAAAGUAUAUACAAAUACUGUACUUAACCUCUUGAAAACACCAAUUAUUGUAGGUUUUCAAUAAUUUUAAUUGUGUUCAUAUUUACUGAACUCAUUAUAUUUUGUACCUAUGAUAGAUCUCAUUUCAAGUAUUAAAUAAACCACUCUUAAAUGAAAAACAGUUAAAAAUAUUUAAAGAUUUUAGAUUAUUUGUCAGCUAAUUAUUUAAAGUACAGUGCUCACAACCUGUGAAAACAAUAAUUCUCAGGCAACAGAACAACUUUCACUUGAGAUAUUUUAAUAGUGAAGGCAUAGAUACUCUCAGUUAUACUCACUGCAACAAUGCAUUAAGGGGGUGUCAGUACAGUAACUCAAUAUUUAAAACAUGUGAACCACAACAUUGGAUGAACUAUGACACACACACACACUAGCAAUACUUUAUGUGAGUACUAUACUGUACUAGCAGUGUUCAGUUGUGAACUUACAGUCCAGAGUACAGUACACUUGUCCAACACUACCUGCUAAGAUUAAAGUUUUAUGUAUAACCUCUGUUAUAAAAAUGUAAAUAUAUGUGGGAUAUAAGUGGUAAAUGUUGUAAAUAUUUAGUUCCUUCAAGUUGGAACAUUUAACAUAGGGUGUGUGAGUGUACUAUGUUAUAAACACACAAGUGGCCAUCCUGAAAGCUAAGUUGUCAGGGGAUGUGUAUGAUGUAAUUUCCUGAUCCGUCCUACUUAAAUGAAUCAAACAUUUUUCUAUUGGCCCAAAGCAUUUUUCGGUGUUUACUGUCCAGUUCUGCCAACGAACAUGUCCACAUAUUAGCUGCUAAAUGUAUUACAGUAGUGGUGUUUUGAAACUUGCUUUAAGGAACAUAAUCCUCACAUGUGGCAUAGAAGUCACUCAUGGCAGAAGCACAAGGAUUGUUCAUAUACUGUAUUAAGUAGCCUGCUCUACUUCAAGUGUUUGACCAAAGACUAAACCUUAACUGGAUGUUUAUAUAAAAAUUUAAGUCCAAAUGCUUGGCCCAUCUCAGUAAUGUAUAUCUAGAGACUUUAAAUAUUUAUCUUUUUCUCAUUUAAAAAGUAGAGACACUGCAGAAAUAUACUGUUGAU